GUGAUCGACUGGAGGGAGGCUUCGUUCUGUCAACUGACGGCUUGCUGUCUCUUUCCCUCAAGACGUCGGAAGGCCAACAAUGUGUACCAGGUAAGCCUACCGAUUCAUAUAUUUAGCUGUUUUCCGUGCAAAGAUUCGGUCAGAAAAUGUACUUCGUGAAAUACAUGUGUGUAGGAUCUAUUGUUAUCGCGUAUGAAUGAGCGAACUAACUUCUUGAGCCGUGGCUUUGUUCAACAGGAUUGCAUGCAGAUUUAAAUCGCCUUGAUCUGUCCGCAAGGACUGUCUAUUGUCUUUACAGACAGACUGAUUGGCCAGAUAGUUGCAUUUUUGCAUCCAAGUAGCUGCGAGUUAGCUUUUUAUUACAGCCCAGUUUGUGUUGGCCUAUGGGCAAAAAUCUAAUCUGCCAUUUGCACUUUCUGUUCCUAGAUCGUGUGCCUUUUUUGUUAUUUCUCCAAAAACAGUCUCCUCACAUGACAUGUCAUGACAUUUUAUUCUCGUGGCAAAUGCAUGACAGGAAAGGGAGGGUGAGAGGAAGGGAACACUGGCCUUUAGAACACUCACUCCAUUUCAAUCUGAAAGCAUGGUUUGUUCUAUGGCUAGAUAAGUACUGAGUCGGACUCAUAUGGUCUGCUAUUCUGCAUAUCCACAAAGUGGAUCUCAAAGGUCUAAAGGUAAGUCCUAUCCUCAUCUCCUUUCCUUCUGCGCUGAUGUGGAUAAACUGGGCAGGUAAAAGCAAAAGGGCUGCUUUAGAGUAUUGAGAUGUCCCCAUGACUAUGUAUGCCUUUAGAGAUAACCAGGGAGUCUUAACAAUCCAAGUGUAUACCAGUCUUGCAGAUUAUCUAGAGGCCAAAGGUUUCUCUGAAAGACAGACUUUGACACAAUCUCACUGAUAUCACUAACCCUGCAGCAGAGAAUACCAGACAUGAAAGCAAAGCAAUAUAUUAUCUCACCUUUCUCUGCAGUCAAAACAGCUCACUGUAUUACCCUGAGUUGGUAACCAGAGUGCCAGUUUGUGCUAUCAUGAUUUCCAACUCCUAACAGUGUUUGGCUUGACAAUGAUAGCAAUGGGGUUGACAAGGCCACAUACAAAUCUGGGACCAGGUUAGUAGUGAGUUGGACCUUCAAGACCAAUAAUAUUGAGCUGUAAUUAAUGUGUGUUUCUCUCUAUAGUCAGAAGUGUAAAGUACUUAAGUAAAAACACUUUAAAGUACUACUUUAUUUUUUUUAUUUUUUGGGGGGGGUUCUGUACUUUACUUUACUAUUGAUAUUUUUGACAACUUUUACUUUUACUCCACUACAUUCCUAAUGAAAAUAAUGUACUUUUUACUCCAUACAUUUUCCCUGACACCCAAAAGUACUAGUUACAUUUCGAAUGCUUAGCAGGACAGUACAUUUUCCCAAUUCACACACUUAAACAGGAGAACAUCCGGGUCAUCAUGUUGCUAAUAAAAAUGAAAUAUAUACUUAACUUUAUGAUACUUAAGUUAUUUAAUUACAAUUAAUUUACUUCUAAUGUUAAUAAUUUAAAAAAUAAUGACAUUUUAUCUAAUAAUUUUAACUAUAUACUUUCACUUUUAAUUUACAUUUCAUCUUGCAUGGUAUCUUACUUACUAAUUACUAAAUGGUAACUUUUACCACUCAAUUAGGUCGGCAUCGAGACCAUGGUACUUAGAGCCAACAAGAGAUUCAUGUUGUGAUGUGCGCGCGACAUGCCGUCGUAAGUUAAACUGUUUUUCUCUCCUAUGGAAAGUCUGGAGACCCAUUUUGAUCCAGGUUGGCCCAACUGGCAGUCUCAAAGCACCUGCUGUAGAUCGGUACCCGCAUGACGUAGACCCAACCGUAACAAGAUUAAUAUUAGUAAUAGAAUCAGAUGACUAUGCCGACAUUAUGUAUUCGAUACUUAUUUUUUCUCACCUAAAAUCUCGUAUUCUUUGGCUAUCCGUAAAAUUAUAAAAGAAGAAAAUUGUGCCAUCUGGUUUGCUUAAUAUAAGGAAUGUGAAAUAUUUAUACUUCUACUUUUGAUACUUAAGUAUAUUUUAGCAAUUACAUUUACUUUUUGAUACUUAAGUAUAUUUAAAACAAAAUAAUUGUAGACUUUUACUCAAGUAGUAUUUUACUUGAUGACUUUCACUUUUACUUGAGUCAUUUUCUAUGAAGGUAUCUUUACUUUUACUCAAGUAUGACAAUUGGGUACUUUUUCCACCACUGUCUAUAGUGUCCAGCCCAUCGAGUGGACCACUGACUGUAAGAGCCAGAAGUGAGUAUUGUCUGUGUGUGUGUGUGUGUGUGCGCGCGAAUGCGCGUGAAAGAGAUCUAACUGUGUGUUUUCUCUCCAGUUAUGAUGGAAUAGUCUUGGUGACCCAGAGUUAUGACACGCUGCCCAAGGAGCUGGAAUGUCUGAAAGCACCUCUGCUGGACUACAGCUCUGUGAGUCAAACACACAACCACAACAACAGAUAGAUAGAUAGAUAGAUAGAUAGAUGACUAUAGCCCUACUUUCUCUUCUCCCCUCUCCUUUCUUCUCCUCUCCCCUCUCAUAUCUCUCCUUCAUCCCUCUCUCCCUUUCUUCUCUAGGUGGACUGUGGUCUGGGAGAUGAGGUGGUGGUGUUGAAGGUUCCGGGGUUACCUGGUAACCGCUUGGUGUUUGCGUCCACUGGGCCCGUUAACCGGGACUACGAUGACAUCAGACGCUUCAGUGACGCAGCCGUUAAUGGCAUCAAGAGGUCAGAGUCAACACCACACACACACACACACGCGAAUGGUAUCAAGAGGUUACUAUGUGUAUAUAUAUGUCUGUUGUGUAGCUCUACCUUUCAUUACCAUAUACAGUAUUGGUCUUCACAAAGUUCGCUCCUUCAGUGUUAUGAGAGAUAUAUUCUGAUGGUAGCGCUCACCUUGUCUUCUCCGGACAAGGUUUUUUCCGGAUGCCCCAAACAAUCGGAAAGGGGAUUCAUCAGAGAAAAUGACUUUACCCCAGUCCUCAGCAGUUCAAUCCCUGUACCUUUUGCAGAAUAUCAGUCUGUCCCUGAUGUUUUUCCUGGAGAGAAGUGGCUUCUUUGCUGCCCUUCUUGACACCAGGCCAUCCUCCAAAAGUCUUCGCCUCACUGUGCGUGCAGAUGCACUCACACCUGCCUGCUGCCAUUCCUGAGAAAGCUCUGCACUGGUGGUGCCCCGAUCCCGCAGCUGAAUCAACUUUAGGAGACGGUCCUGGCGCUUGCUGGACUUUCUUUGGCGCCCUGACGCCGCCUUCACAACAAUUGAACCUCUCUCCUUGAAGUUCUUGAUGAUCCGAUAAAUGGUUGAUUUAGGUGCAAUCUUACUAGCAGCAAUAUCCUUGCCUGUGAAGCCCUUUUUGUGCAAAGCAAUGAUGACUGCACGUGUUUCCUUGCAGGUAACCAUGGUUAACAGAGGAAGAACAAUGAUUUCAAGCACCACCCUCCUUUUAAAGGAUCCAGUCUGUUAUUCUAACUCAAUCAGCAUGACAGAGUGAUCUCCAGCCUUGUCCUUGUCAACACUCUCACCUGUGUUAACGAGAGAAUCACUGACAUGAUGUCAGCUGGUCCUUUUGUGGCAGGGCUGAAAUGCAGUGGAAAUGUUUUUUGGGGAUUAAGUUCAUUUUCAUGGCAAAGGGGGACUUUGCAAUUAAUUGCAAUUCAUCUGAUCACUCUUCAUGACAUUCUGGAGUAUAUGCAAAUUGCCAUCAUCAAAACUGAGGCAGCAGAGUUUGUGAAAAUUUAGUAUUUGUGUCAUUCUCUAAACUUUUGACCACGACUGUACUCUAUGGGCGUUUCUUCAGGGCCAUGAAAGCAGGCAUGCAGCGCCCCCUUCUGGUCUGUCCUCGCCAUAGCAGCUAUGACAGGAGCACCCUGGUGGCUGCCCUAGGGGCCCUGCACGCCCUCUACAUGGUGAGAACACUCAGAUGAAAUAAAAAAGUAGAUACCAGCACACUGAUUAAUGCUCCCAUCGUUUUUUUAUUGUGCAAUGUUUCGACCCGAAGGACUUCGUCAGGCAUUCCUGUGCCCAUACAAACCCCUAGACCCUCAUAUUCAAAUAAACUUUGCACAUGUAUGGAGCUCCAGAGAAUCAAUUGUCUCUUGCACCAAAUAUGGUGCUGGCAUUUAUUCUCUCUAUUUCUCCAUCUCUCUCUUUUUCCCCCUCCCUCUCUCCCAGCCUCUGGAAGUGAGGGAGGCAUCUGUGAAGCCUAGCCAGUAUAAGGUGUGUGUUCUGGGGCUGUGGGUGGACCAGGAGGCCAAGGGGAAGGAGUUGGUGGAUCUGGCCUCUGCUCUGGAGAGUGGACGGUGAGUCACACACACCACAUACACACAUAUUUUCAUCUGUAACUGAGAGAUCCCUCUUUUGGGGAGAUGUUUUUAAAUGUAUUAGUUCUAAAAAAUCUAUAUUUUUAUGUUUGCUUUUUAAAACGAUCUUUCUCUCUUCCUCCCUCGCCCCCUCCAUUUCUCUCUCUCCCUCUCUCUCCAGGCUGGCUUGCCGUGACAUAGGAGGGUCCGAUCCUGAGAGGAUGGCUGCUCCUUUUGUAGCUGACUACGUCCAGGCCCUCUUUAAGGACAGCCCAGUGCAGGUGAGAGAGGCUUUUCUCAUACAUCCAAAAAGGAAAAGGUGAUUUCUAUAUCCCAAAAAGACAGCAACAACAACAUUAUUUAUCUCACUAAUAUGUUAAUGUGAUUAAACUGAACCGCCCUGUCUUUCUCAGGUAGAAGUGGUGAGUGAUCUGAAGGUGCUGGAGAAGGAGUACCCUUGCCUCGCUGCUGUCAACCGCUGUGCCAAUGGUAAGUGUGCGUGUAUGUGUGUCAGACCUGGGUUCAAAUACUAUUUCAAAUAUCUCAAUUACUUUUACAUACAUUCGAAGUAAGUAUUCAGAUCUUUUAUUUGAAAAGACAAGUAGUUGAAUAUUUGAAUGUAUAUGGAAAUGCAUUUGGAAAGUAUUAGAAAAUACUGAAAUACAUUGACUCAUACACUCCCAUGUAUUUAAAAAUAGUAUUUGAAAGGAGUAUUUGAAAAUGCUCUCAAAUACAUUUUGAUAUACUAUUAUUUAUUUAUUUUUUACAAAUACACAAAUAAAAGUACUUGUUUUGGGCUGUUUAUUUGAAAAUACUCAAAUACACAGAAAAAAGUAUUUUAAAUGCCAGAUACUCAAAUACACAUGUAUUUGAACCCAGGUCUGCUGUGUCUGUGUUUUUCAUCCAUGUGUAUUUGUCUCUUAUAGCCGUGCCUCGUCACCAGGCCAGAGUGAUCAAGCUGCAGUACUGUGGAGAAGGACCAGUCCAACACACACUGAUGCUGGUCGGCAAGGUGAGAGGGAGAGAGUGGAAGGAGUGGGUGUGGAAAUGUAAUGUAAAUGUGUGGAAGAGGGGAAGAUGAUGAUGAAUUGAUGAUGGCGAUAAAAGGGGUGGGGUGUUCUCGUCAUGUCAUGAACAUGUUUUUGUAUGUAACAUGCGUUUGUGUGUGUGUGUGUGUCUCUUUCUCUCAGGGCAUCACCUAUGACACUGGUGGAGCUGACAUCAAGGCUGGUGGCAUCAUGGCUGGCAUGCACAGAGACAAGUGUGGUGCUGCUGCCGUGGCUGGGUUCUUCCAGGUUAAACAACUAGCACUUUUACACUUUUCAGUUCUCACUAGUGGACUGUAGUUAGAGAGGUUUCAUAGUCCCUCAAAUAGUCUGCUACUCCUGCUAACAUGUACCUGUCUCCUGUCCUGUCAGGUCCUGGCCAAACUCAAGCCCAAGCAUCUGAAGGUGGUGGGUGCCAUGGCGAUGGUGAGGAACAGCGUGGGCUCAGGUCAGUGUGAUGUCAUAGGGGUAGGUGUUUCACCUAUAGAAAUAUAUUUUUAUAUAAGAUUCUAUUUCUAUAGUUUCACCUAAUGGGUGUACAGUUGGCAUCUCUCUCUCUCUUUGUGUUGUCUCUGACUGAAUGAGGGUUUAAGUGUUGUGUGUUGUGGUUCUCUCUCUGUUCUGUCAGACUGCUACGUAGCUGAUGAGUUGGUGGUGUCCCGUGCGGGUCGCAGGGUUCGUGUGGGGAACACGGAUGCUGAGGGACGCAUGGUGAUGGUCGACCUGCUCUGUGAAAUGAAGGAGAAGGUGAGAAUACACAACUCUAUUCCCCCUUCUCUCCCUCUGUUUCUCCUGUCCAACCCAUUCUAUCACCUUAAUCUCACUUCCUCCUCCUGUCAAAAACAGACUGUCAGUCAGUGACUUUAUACGCCUUCCAGGUCAAGGGGCAGGUCAAGGGGCACGACCUUGCUGUGUGCGUGUAUCUGCUUUCAAAUCCCCAAACCGGUGUCACCGGAAAUGUUUCCAUGUGACAUUCUAGGGGAUAUCCAUUGAUGAUAACGUAAAAUUAGGUUUAAAGGUUGAAAUCUCUUGGUGGGGCCUCAUCUCGUGUAAAAAUGCCCUCCAUUACCACCACCUCUCUUUCCAGGCGGUACAUGAGGUGUCUCCUCAGCUGUUUACCAUCGCCACUCUGACAGGACACGCCAUCAGAGCCAUGGGACCCAACUACUCUGUGAGUACUGGACCAUAUACACACAGUACUAUACAAGACACUGGCCAUGGUGACAAUGUUUGAUUAAACUUUUGUCCCCUUUAGAUCAUCAUGGACAACGGAGCUGCCCAACGCUCUGGCAAUGCCCGGCAGUGGCAGGAAGGUGAGACGCUCUGCACAUGCAUACAUAUAUAGGUAACUGACAAAGUUAUGGAAAUGAGGUGUACAUACAUGCACACAGACACACAGGAUACUAUUCAGUCAAAUCAGCAAACCCUGGUUUACAGGUCUGAACGUGGGUUUUCUGGGUUGAACAUGGGAUAACCUGUUAGUCCUCUCUUUCUUUCUCCCUCCUUCUGUCCCUCUGUGUAGCGGGGGAGGUGCUGGGUGAUCUGUUUGAGGUGUCCAGUAUCAGGCGUGAGGACUAUGACUUCCAUAAGGGGAAGUCUGAGUACGAGGAGAUUCUGCAGAGCAACAACCUGCCAUCCUCUGCUACUCCGCGCGGACAUCAGACCCCCGCUGCCUUCCUCAUCAUGGCCUCUGGGCUGGACAAGGUACAUGCACACAUCCCACAUCACACAGACACACAAUACUCCAGCUCUGUUCACAGCCCUGAUUCUAACCUAAUCUCUAUGGUUGUCUUGUUUCCCUCCAUCAGUACGGUGUGGACUCGGGCAGUCCUCUGCCAUACUCCCACAUCGACAUCGCUGGCUCCAGCGGCCCCUUCCCCGGUGUGCCCACCGGAGCUCCAGUCCUUGCCAUGGCUACCAACUACAUCCUGCCCAGCGCCUAGCAACCCAACUACACCCUGCCCAGUGCUUAGCAACCUCAUGAUAGAAAUAGAAUGUGUAGAAUGUACCCUAUUCUGUCUUAUGAGUUAUAUCACAUAGAACCGUCCUAAUAUGGUAGUGCCAGUCAAGUUUCAUAUAUUACACAAAGAAUUCAAGAACACAGAUAUCCAUCAAUGGUGUGAUAUCGACAGUUCAUUUAGAACAUUCCAAUACCUCUCCAAGAGCUCAGAUUGUUGUUCUAUAGAUUCUAUUUCUAAGAUCCUGCUACUGUAUAUCCAUACAAACUCAAGUGUCCCAAAUGUUUUACUCCCAUGUCUAACAUGAGUCAUUGUAUUGAAUACACUCUCAGGGGAGAAAUGACAAACGCUCCGUGUUGUUCAUCCAUCCAUUUUAUACAUGUGUGAAACUUGAGGUGAGUGGCAAGUCAAAUGGUUGUGUGCUUCAAUAAAAUAAUAGAUUUUCAAUGAUUAUUUGUUUACUUAUUUCAAUAACCAAUGUUAACAACUGUAGAUCCAGGAAUUGUGGAAUGGCAGGUAUAGGUUAGAGGUAGGCCAGCAAUAAUAUUGAAGUAUAUUGGGGGAAAUCGAGAAGUCCCCUCAUUUUUAUCCAAUUGUAUGCUGAAUAUGCAAGCUAUCAUUUAUCUUCAUUCAAAUAUAUUACAUUUGUCAUGAUGCAUGGACUGUUUGUCUUUCAUGUUUAAAUAAAUUAUGUUUUGUUACUAAGGGAAAAAAAGCAAGCUGAGAAAGCUCAGACAAACCUUAAAGC